CGUCACAAGGAAACCGAUUCAAAGUCAGUUUGGUGGCGAAUAAUAACGAGCAGUUCGGGAUUUGUUGUCACGAGAUGCACUUCCUCCAAAUAAGGCCGAAAAGUAAACAGAAAAGCAGGUAGUGGCCACCAGCGGCGGAGAUGUGCGGAUGUCGCUGCUCGGCGAGCAUCUCCGUAGUUAAAGGGCGUUAGGGUUCAAGCAAAUACUCAUCUGCUUGUUCUGAAAGGUCAUCAUACAUUCAACGAUAAGUGUGGCGACGACUCUCUCCAGCAAGAUGGAGAUGGUGUGCUUCCGGUUACCGGGACAUGGAGACACAACCCUGAAGCACAUGAACCUGCUCAGAUCACGACAGCAUUUUUGUGACAUCACCAUCAUGGCCAGCAACAACCGGACUUUCAGGGGACACAAGGUGGUCCUGGCCGCCUGCUCACCAUUCCUGAGGGACCAGUUUCUCCUCAACCCAUCCCCCAAACUUCAGGUGUCUAUGCUGUAUAGUUCGUCAGUGGUGUGUGAUUUGCUGCAGUCAUGUUACACUGGGCUCCUGCAGUUCAAUCCAGAGGAUAUUGUCAACUAUCUGACUGCUGCUAGCUAUCUUCAGAUGGAGCAUAUCGUAGAGCUUUGUAGAGGGGCACUUGAGAAAUACGUGCAGCUGAAGAAUCAUGCUCCACAAAAGGCAACUACGGGGGAGGGCCAUUCCAGACCGGUGAUCAUCGGUGGGAGUGUUCAUUCUGUUGCUUUUUCUCCCCACACUCAACUGUCCCCCGUGCACCCACACAGCCCAGCCGUGCACUCGCUGGAGGAAAACAAUGGCAGCACAUCUGCUCAGGGCAGUACUCAACACCAGGACAAUGGCGCUGCACUCGAUAACCCUCUUAUUAAGUUGCAGGUUAACGCGUCAGACGAGGAUGACGAGGCUAAACAGGACGACCUUGUGUUCAGAGUCUACAUCUCAGACGAAGAGCAGAUGAACAGAGACAAGGAGGAUGAGAAGGGCUCUCCCUCCGACGCUCGGCAAAACGUUUACUCAGAGACUGAGGGGAUUAUGAUGGCGGGAGACGGCAGCGAGUACGACAUGAAUGUAACAGAAAACUUCAGCUCCGGCGGACCGUCCGCUGAAGCUCUUCGCGCUUUCAGACGCAGAUUAUCUGACUCCAAAAUUGGCCGGGGGAGAGGGAGGGGCAGGGGUCGGGGUUUUAAAAGGAGAAGAUGGGCAUCGACUCAAGAGAAAAUGCUGUCCGGUGUGACCAACCACCAGGACAUGUGGUACCUUUCAACCGCUGGAUUGGGCGGGGGUUUCGGGCUGGACUACACUCAAGAGGGACUGAAGACGCCAGGAAGUUUCAUCGCAGUUGAAAUGCCGAGGUUGGACUUCAGCUCCAAUGACACUCACGAGGAAAAAUCCUCACCCAAUGGAACCAGCGCUAUGAACCAGGUUUCCUUGGACGAGACCGGGGAAGGGAGUUCAGGGCUGACGACUGUUGGGACAAACGAGGGAGGGGAUGAAUCCGUGGCCGUGGUGGGCUCCACGUCCAGCGUAUCCGGCCCUGUGAUCUGUGAACACUGCGGCAUGACUUUCCCGUCAGUCCACUCCCUAGCCGUGCACUCCCGCUCCACUCACCUGCUCUACGCCUGCCCCUGCUGCGGCAAACACUUCCACCACUCCACCAAUCUCACCCGACACAUGGCCGUGCACCGAGGAGCCGGCAAAACGCACCAGUGCCCCCUCUGCUACAAGACUUUCACGCAGAAGUCUACGCUGAUAGACCACAUGAACCUCCACAGCGGCGAGCGGCCGCACCACUGCGCGUACUGCCAUGCCCGUUUCGCCCAUAAGCCGGCCCUGCGGCGCCACUUGAAAGAACAACACGGUAAAACCACCGGGCAGAACUCCCUUCACGAGCAAGAGGAAAGAGCAAGAGAGGCAGCUGCGAGAAUAAGAGAGGAAGACCAAGAAUGCCUGGUUACUGAACAAAGCGUCGUAGACCAAAGCAUAUCGGACUUAAAGGUUGAGUAGAGUGUCAUUUUAAGAUGCUUUUGGUUUUUUAGAUUGGUUUUAUCGGUUGAAUUUUACUGCCCCUUGAUAGCUCAGUGGGUUGACCACGCACCAUACAGGACUGUCUCAGAAAAUUAGAAUAUUGUGAUUUUCUGUAAUGCAAUUACCAAAACAAAAAUGUCAUACAUUCUGGAUUCAUUACAAAUCAACUGAAAUAUUGC